CCCCAGGCGACGCUAUCAUAUCCCCGAUCGAUUCGGCGCUGCCAAUUGUCUACCUCCACACCAUGUUCUUCGCCAGGCGAUCGGUGGCUUCGGCGCGGCUCCUGCUGCGGAAUCAGCAGCCCCGGCGAUUCGCUUCCUCCCACCAUGCUGAGCCCGUGAACGAGUCCUUCGGCCGCAGUUUCUACGUCACCGUCGGCACCUUCGCUUCCUGCUUCGUCCUCUACCGCAUCGUCAAGAGCACCGAGGAUGCUGGCGCCCAGUCCUGGAUCUCGUCCCUGAUCGAGAAGUACACGCCCUCGCAGGAGGUCUUUGAGCAGCGGAGUGCUAUCCGCACCGCCGCCAUGGAGAAGAUCGCCCACGACCGCCAUCUGUUUGGCAGUCAGGGCCCCAGGGAGUCCUUCGACCUGAAGCAGCCUGAGGUCAGCUUCAACAACUCACCCCCCUACAAUGUCAUCCCCGGCCAGAGCGCCAACCUGAACCACGUGAUCGCUCACUACGAGCAGAAGAACCUGGAGCAGGAGCAGGCCCGUGUGGCCCGCAUGAACGCCCAGGGUGGCUCUCUGUAUGACUAGAGUGAACAAAAGGCAUUUUGUGUGUUAUGAGGUUCGGGGGAUGAUGUCGGUAAUAGACACCGGAUAGCAGCGUAUGUUUGUUGUACAUAUAACAGGUCAAAGUCCAAG